AUGGGAGCUACUAGAGAAAAGAAAGCCGAGUACUUUGUGAAGUUGCAGGAGUAUGUUGAGGAAUACCAGUCGUUGUUCAUCGUUGGUAUUGACAAUGUCUCUUCUCAGCAGAUGCAUGAGAUCAGAAAGACCUUAAGAGGUGAAGGUGUGCUUUUGAUGGGUAAGAACACUAUGAUCAGAAGAGCUUUGAGAAACAUCCUCUCUGAGCAUGCUGAUUAUGAGAAGCUCAUGCCUUUCCUUAAGGGAAACAUUGGUUUCAUUUUCACCAACGGAGACUUGAAGAGUGUUAAGGAGGUUGUCAUUGCCAACAAGGUUGCCGCUCCUGCCAGAGCUGGUGCCACUGCUCCUUGUGACGUGUUUGUUCCGGCCGGAAAUACCGGUAUGGAGCCUGGUAAGACCUCUUUCUUCCAGGCUUUGGGUGUUCCAACCAAGAUUGCCAGAGGUACCAUUGAGAUCGUCUCUGACGUGAAGAUUUUGACUAAGGAUCAGAGAGUUGGUCCUUCUGAGGCUCAGUUGUUGAACAUGUUGAACAUCUCUCCUUUCACCUUCGGUAUGACCAUUGUCCAGGUGUUUGAUCAGGGUCAGAUCUUCCCUGCCACCAUCUUGGAUAUUACUGAUGAUGAGCUGGUUGCUGACUUCACUGUCGCCAUCGCUACUAUCACCAAGAUAUCCUUGGCUUCUGGCUAUCCAACCGUCUCUGCUGUCUCCACUCAUCUCGUUAGCGCUUACCAGGACUUGGUUGCUCUUUCUAUUGGUACUGGAUACACUUUCGAGGGUACUGAGGAGCUCAAGGACAGACUUGACCAUCCUGAGAAUUAUGCUGCUGCUACUACUGCUGCUCCAGCUGCUUCUGAUGACACCAAGGAGGAGUCUAAGGGUGAUGACAAAGAAGAGGAAGAAGAAGAAGAAGAGGAGGGCUCUGAUGAGGACAUGGGUAUGGGAUUGUUUGAUUAA